AUGAAGGAAAGCGAAAGUUAUGAAGAUAUCAGCUCUUCAGAUGAUGAUGAUAAUGAAGAAACUAAAAAUAGCAAUUAAGGAAAUAAUAAAUAAGUAUCGAAAUGCGACAUAUUAUUAGGUAGAACAUUAUAAGUCGUAACAAUUGUCCUUUUGCUACUCUCAAAUUACAUAGUAUAUUCGCUAUUCUUGCGUAGAUGGUUUAAAGAAGAUAGGAAAUUUUAUUUAAUGAUAAGGGGUAUUGAGCUAGAUAAUACUGGUACAUGUCUCUUCAUCCUCUAUCAAACUUUUUUUUUCCUUGCAAUAAUUAGCUAUUUUAAAGCAUCUUUGAGCGAUCCAGGUUUUUUAAAGAAUUUAAAGCCACCUAGUGAAUUAUUAGAAGAAAAUUAAAUUAUUUAUUGUUAGAAAUGCCCAGAUAAAAAAUGGAAGCCAUAAAGAGCUCAUCAUUGCAAAACAUGUUAAAAAUGUGUUUUUCGUAUGGAUCAUCACUGCACAUGGAUCAAUAAUUGCGUUGGAUUAAAAAACUAAAAGUAUUUCAUACUAUUCUUAGUUCACUGUGAGAUCUACUGCAUACUACUUAUUAUAUAUUUAGUUUUUAGUGCAGUUCUGUUAUAUUAAAAUACACCAAAGUUAUUUAUGCUCUUUAUAGGAAUGACAUGGAAGCACUUAGUGGCUAUCUUGUUUAUUGUCUUGAGUGCCUUAUUUAUAUUUUUAAUAAAUGAAUUCUUAUCUGAUUAAUAUGACUGCUUAAAAACAAACUAAACAACCGUUGAAUCUUAUAAAGAAAAAUUUGGAAGACCUUAUUCGUUUUUCAAUUAGUUGUAAUUAGUUUUUGGUUAGGAUCAAUUUUAUUGGCUGAUACCUACAAAACCAAAGUAUAACUGCAAUUAUUUAGAACUACUUUAUAAUGGAGAAGAGCUUGCUGAAAUGUUAUAAUCAAAUGCUGAUUUUAUUGAAGAUCACUUUUAUAAUUAACAAAGUGAAAUAUAUGAAGCCUGUAGAAAAUACAAAGUUAGUUGA